UAUAUUAUACAUUCCCCGUUUGAAAGGGGGUUUCUGUUUCAAAGAACUUAAGCAAUGGUUCAUGUAACAUAGGAUUUACAUACCUAGUGUAUGUUUAUAUAAUAUUUACAGUGACACUUUAUAACAACGGUUAUACACCUACCGACGAGAAAAUAAAAUAAAUAAAAAUUAUUGUUGUGUAUUUUAUUAUUUUCUGAGUACCUACUUAUUUUUUCUGAUUGAUUUCAAAUGUCAAGUUUCAAUGAGUUCAGUGAGAUCGAUGAUGAACCACUAGAUGAACCACUAGAUGAACGGUGGGGGGAGAGGGAACAGGAAGAACUGCAGUUGGGAUUAGAAUCAGAUGAACACCAGAUUCCUCCUGAUUUGGAGUCUUAUGAAACCGCUAUCGAUGAGGAAAUCGAUUAUGCUAAAGACGAAAAACAAAUACAGCUUGCUAUUGAACGCGUAGAAAACCUGAGGUUCGAAUUACAAGACCUCAAAAACCGCAAAACUAGAGUGUUUAACACCCUGGCCGAACAUAUCGAAAGGGGAUUGUGUGAAUCUGAUGUACCGAUUAGAUAUGGAACAAAAGAGGAAGUCAAACUACACUAUGAAAAGCUAUUGAUGAAAUUCAAAAAUAAAAAAGAAGCGGCACUCAAACAAAAACAUGAUUUAAACGAAAAGUUAGCUAAAAAUACUGAAUACUUGGAAUUGAAACGCAAAGAAUGUGCAGAAAUCACCGAAAACCAGUAUAACUUAGAAUUAAAAACCGCCGUUGGCAUGAUAUCCGACAAGACACAGCAAAAACUUACUCACUACGAUGUAGAAGAAUUGAUUGAGACCUGUAAACGGCAGGAUAAUAAAUUAAAUGAAGCCCUCUUGAAAUUUAUUGCGCAGAAACAAAAAUGUAAAAAGGUAAAAACAAAAAUUGAAUAUUUGGCACCAAGCACGUUCAGCAUAGAUGAAUACCAGGAAUCAUCAAUCAAAAAUGAAAACAUUAAAAAUGGUAUACUAACUAUGACAAAUAUCAAAACCCAAACUCUUAAAGUUCUUAAAUCUGAAUUAUUAAAAAUUACUGAUAUUGACAAAAGGCGUAUCGGUUUAAAAGAAGAAAAGGAUAAAAAUGAGGCUGAGUUAAAACAAAUCAAAGAUGAAUGGAGACAACAUGUCAAAGCAAAGGCACGUGACCAGAAGCAUGAUCGCCGACUAAAAAAAGCACGGAUAUCAGAUUAUUUUUCUGAAAAUCCUUUACUUUUGAACGAUUAUCUUGAGAGUAUGAAAAAAGAUAAAAUAUUUAAAAAGACUUUGGCUGACCUACGUCAGGAGUUGUCCGAAAUAAAGGUAAUAAAAAAACAGCUAGGCAUAUGUAUUCAAUAAUGUAGAAAAACCAAGUUGAGUUUCUAAAACAAAUAAAUAUUUAUAUUCAUGUA